AUGGAUGCUAUUUCUGAUCCAACGUUUAAGCAUGCUAGGUCAAGAAAGCAGGUCACUGAAGAAUCACCAUCGUUGCUUACCGUUAUUAUAGAGAUUGCACCGAAGUUAUGGACAACUUUUGAUGAAGAAGGAAAUGAGAAAGGAAGUAUAAUAAAGGUGUUAGAGGCAUUGAUUGUAUUUCUUAAUGCACACUUAGCAUUCAAUAGUGCCAACAAAGUAGCAGUCAUUGCUGCAUACUCUCAGGGGAUCAAGUAUUUAUACCCAGAAAGCACAUCUACUAUAAAGGCCUCUAAAUCAGAAAAUAAAAACCGUAGUGAUCUUAAGAUUAUUAACUCAGAUAUGUAUAGACGAUUUAGGAAUGUUGAUGAAACGCUGGUGGAAGAAAUAUAUAAAUUGUUUGAACUAGAAAAAAAACAGAUCAAACAGAAUAGUCAAAGGAGUACGCUAGCGGGUGCCAUGUCAGCUGGGCUGACUUAUGUGAACAGAAUAUCAAAAGAGUCUGUAACUACUUCAUUAAAAUCAAGACUACUUGUUCUUACAUGCGGGAGUGGUAGUAGUAAAGAUGAAAUUUUCCAAUACAUCCCUAUAAUGAAUUGUAUCUUUUCUGCAACAAAAAUGAAAUGUCCCAUUGAUGUCGUGAAAAUUGGUGGUUCCAAGGAAAGCACGUUUUUACAACAAACAACGGAUGCAACAAACGGCGUUUAUUUACAUGUGGAUUCUACGCAGGGGCUAAUUCAAUAUUUAGCAACCGCAAUGUUUAUUGAUCCGUCGUUAAGACCUAUAAUCGUUAAGCCAAACCAUGGAUCUGUGGAUUUUAGGACAUCGUGCUAUUUGACAGGGAGGGUUGUUGCCAUUGGAUUUAUUUGUUCAGUCUGUCUAUGUGUUUUAUCAAUAAUACCGCCUGGAAAUAAGUGUCCUGCAUGUGAUUCUCAAUUUGAUGAGCACGUAAUUGCCAAGUUGAAGAGGAAACCAGUUGUUCCAAGGUUGAAGGCCAAAAAGAAGGUGACGAAGCCAUGA